GUAUGUCAAAUAUUCAAAAGCUCCAAGGUGUUAUUGAGCCAAAUAAAAACCAGUUCUGCAUAAAGUUAUAUAGAAAAACCUAUGUUAUUCCAACAUAUAGCAAGACUCUAGUAGCUAAGGAUCUGCUAAAAAUAAAGCAGGUUCUAAAAGGUUUGCAUGAUUCAGCCCAAGUAUCUACUGAUUUCUCUAGUCUAACUAAUAAAAAUGAUUUAAAAAAAA